AUGGCAUCCACCAAGUCCGUGCCAGCUCUUCUGGUCCUGCUGGAAGUUUCAUCCUGGACCACAGCAGAGGAUUUGACAGAAACUUCCAGCAUUGACGGUGAAGAUGAAUCAGACCGGAGCAUCUCAGAGCAGCUCGCACUAGACAACAGCAAACUGGGAGUCGGUGUGUUGGGAACAGAUUACAGGCCCAACGCAACUGUACAAGUGCAGCUGGGGAUACUCCUGUCCCGCCAAUAUGGUGUGGGCAUGUGCAGCCUGUUUGAGCGCGCCGCUGCUGGAGGAAGUCACGUGACCACCGAACACCGGCUGAAUGAUUCAAAAAUAACCCACAGAGCAGCAGCUUCACCGGGGCUGGUGACACGGACUUUAACUGCUUUAAGUCGACCGACAGCGCAGGUACCGACCGGCGGAAGAGCAACAGUGAGCGUGAAGAAAGCAGCCAGGGUGCAUGAUGGGAUCAUUCCGGCGGCCCAGGCCUCGGUUCAUGAGUUCUCCCGUUCUGUCGGACCUCGCGCGGUUCCACGCCAGUUCAGCGGUGCUGCAGAUCUCCAACACCAGCGUGUGGAACAGUGUCCAGUCAGCUGUGAUCAAAGUGUUCCAGGGCAAAGACCUGCAGACCAACGAGCUGUACACCCUGAACGAGAGCAUCAGGUGGCUCCAAAAAAACAGAAAUGGGCUCUUUUAUCACGGACUAUUUCCAGGUAUGUGAUGUUCUUGAGCAGCAGAAAUCAGCAGGUGGGAAUCUGUUGUUCUGAGACCAGUGGAGACGCUGAUGUCCACUUCCUGUCCAGAAACACUGAAAUACAUCACAGCCUCCUCGACAGACCAGUUUAA